AUGGGGGGCAACCAGUCAUGGAUCACAGAGCUCAUCCUCUUGGGAUUCCAGCUCAGUGCAGAGAUGGAGGUGCUCCUCUUCUGGGUCUUCUCCCUGUUGUAUGUCUUCAGCCUGAUGGCAAAUGGCAUGAUCUUGGGACUCAUCUACCUGGACCCCAGACUGCACACGCCCAUGUACUUCUUCCUUUCACACCUGGCCGUAAUUGACAUUUCCUAUGCCUCCAGCAUCUUACCAAGCAUGCUGGAAAACGUAAUGAAUUUGGUUUUGACUUUAGCUAUUACAGAGUGCAUGAUUUUGGUGGUGAUGUCCUAUGACAGGUUUGUGGCAAUCUGCCAUCCGCUUCAAUACACAGUCAUCAUGAACUGGAGUAUGUGCACGGUCCUGGCUGUCAGUUCAUGGGCAUGUGGAUUUUUCUUGGCCCUAAUAAAUCUAAUUCUCCUUUUAAGACUGCCCUUCUGUGGACCUCAGGAAGUGAACCACUUCUUCUGUGAAACACUAUCUGUCCUCAAACUGGCUUGUGCUGACACCGGGACCAGUGAAAUUUUUCUCUUUGCUGGUGGUGUGUUUGUCUUAGUCGGACCCCUUUCCUUGAUAAUGGUCUCCUACCUGCGCAUCCUCUGGGCCAUCCUGAAGAUCCAGUCAAAGGAGGGACGCAAGAAAGCCUUUUAUACCUGCUCCUCCCACCUCUGUGUGGUUGGGUUCUACUUUGGCAUAGGUAUGAUGAUUUACUUGGUCCCAGAAAACAGUCAACAACAGGAGCAGCAGAAAGUCCUCACCCUAUUUUACAGCGUCUUCAAUCCAAUGCUGAACCCACUCAUCUACAGUCUGAGGAACGAUCAGGUGAAGGGCGCCUUCUACAGAGCACUGCAGAAAAAAAGAGGACCGUGUAAAUGA